AUGAACUCAAAACAAUAACAUAUGACAACAUGUCCUGCAAUUUUAAAAGGAGAUGAUCUUCCUGAUGAUACUCCACUUAAGGUAUAAAAUUCUAAUUUACCAAAACCUAUUAUUUCAAAGAAAUUGAUACCUUAAGUGAAUAAUGAAAUACUUUAUGAAAGACUCAAUUAAGAGGCUGAAAUAUUUAAGUAGAACAAUUAAAUGUUAAAAGAAUAUUAUGAAUAAGAAGAAUUACGUCCUUGUUCAUUUGCACCUUAAACACUUAACGACGGUUAAGAAAAAAGAUCACUCUAUUAAUUUUUAUUUGAUCAAUAGAAUCAUGUUAUCAAAGUGGAAUAGAAAUUAGAAUAAAUAAAAUAAAAUGAAUUAGAACGUGAUUUAUAACAUCCAUAUCAUCCAAAAACAAAUGAAUUUAACUUUUCAAAAAGAGAUGAAACAAUACCUACUUAUGAGAGAUUAUACAAUUUAAAUUAAAAGAAACCAUCUGAACCAUUAAUGUAAUAAUCAGAAUCUACUAUUGAUUAUAAACCAUUAAUUUAAUAGAAAUCUUAAAAUAUAGUUCGUAAUUAAAAGGUAGAAGAUAUUCUUUACUAAGAUGCUUAAAGAAGAUUAUAAAAAUAAAAGGAAUUACAAGAUAAGAAAAAUACAACUAAAGUAGUUACUGUAAAUGUUAAAUUCACAUCAAAUAAUAGUGAAAAAAUAGUUGCUUAAAAAUUCAUUAGAGAAUUUGAAACUGUUAUAGAUUGGAUAUUUGAUUAAACAGGAUAAGAUAGACCAUCAAAUGUAUCAUUUUCAAUUGAUUAUCUUAAAUUAGGAGAAAUAUUAUAAAGAUUAGGAUUUUUGAAUUAAUUAUAAUUAAAAGAAAGUAAUGAAAAAGCUGUAGAAUAUGAAAAUCUACGUUUAUCUGAAGAAAGAGCAUUAUUAUGUGAAAUUUGGACUGUUUUAAGAGGAGAUUAAUUAGGAGGUAUUAGUAAAAGAAAUUUGUGUUUAUUUUUAUUGACUUUAAUUGGAAUUACAGAUUUUAAAAUUAAAGAAUUACCAUCAGCUUAAAAUGAAGAAGUUCCAAAUUAUUAAAAAUCUAUUUAACCAUAAUAACAUAAAAUAGUAACUGCUCAUUAACCUAAUGAUAAACCAAAAUUAGGAACUAUUGAUAAAGAUGGUAAUAUCAUUUUCACUUUUGAAGAAACAAAAAAAAUAUAAAAACAAUUUGAUAUUUUAUAUAGAAAUAGAUUAGGUUGUGAAGAAUUGAAAAAAACUAAUUGGAAAGAUCAAAAUCCUUAUAAACCAUAAAUAUUACCUUAAUCAAAGUAAUUGGCAAAUUAGUUUAGAGAAAAAGUAUUAGAAUAAACAGCUAAUUUAAUUGAUAAUAAUUUGAUUAAAGUAAACAUACCAGAAAAUGGAUAAAUUACACAUGCAGAUUUAUUAGUAUUAUAAAAGAAAGCUGUUGAAUAUCACAAAGAAUAGAAAAAAUAAGAGAUAUUAUAAUAAUAAUUAGAUAAAUGUCCAUUUAAACCAUAAUUAAUAAAUAAUAAUAAUUUUAGUACAUAAAAUAUUGAUGAAUCAAAAACUUAAUAAAAAAAGUCAGAAAAAUAUUUACAAUUAUAUUCAUUAGCUAAACCAACUACAUCAAAAAGAGACAGAACAACUGAAGAAAUAGAAUAUGAAAGAUAAUAAGAAGAAUGCACUUUCUAACCUGGUUUAAUUAAUAAAGGAAGUUAAUAAUAUAAAUAAGAGAAUCAUUUUGUAAAUAAGGAUAUAGAUAAAACAGUAUAAAGGAUGAAAUAAGCUAGAUAAAGAAGAGAAGAAGUAUAAGGAAUGUUAGAAAGAGGAUAUAAGAGUAAUAAACCUGUUUAAUAGUAGCAAUCAAUUUAAUAGACCAAGGUAAGUAGAAGCUAAUCUUAGAAUUAAUUGAAAUAAACUACAUAAUCAUCAAGAUAGAAAAGUCUAUAAUCUUAAGAAUCUUAAUAAAUGAAUACAUAUUAAUCAUAGAAUUUUCAUAUGGAUGAAUCAUAACCUAAAGAAGAAUAAAGUGUUGUUAGAUCUGGCAGUUGUAAGAUAGUAAUUCUAUAUAUUAAUUAGAAUAGGAUGAAAGGAUCCCUUUGUUAUUUGUAGAUGUGAAUCUAGGACCAAAUAAGACUGAGAGAAUUGUUGUUUAUGAAGGUGAUUAAUCUUGUGAUUUGGCUGCUAGAUUUGCUCAUGAACAUAAUUUGGAUGAGUUUAUGCAAGAAAAAUUAAAAGAAUUAUUAGACUAUCAAAUAAGUGGAUUGCUUACUAAAAUUGAUGAAGAAGAAGGAGCAUUAAGUGAUAAUGAUUAAUGA